AUGGAAAGGAACUUAUUAAAUAAAGAUUUUUCCGUAAAGAAAAAGUAUCAUUCAUAUAAUUAUAAUAUAUACAAGAAUAAUAAUUAUGAGAUUGCUCCAAAAAAGUUAUAUCAUUUGUUAAUACGUCUAGGUAUAACAUUCUUAACUAUAUUCAUAGUUUCCAUAUUUAUAAAACAUAAUAAGUUUAACGAAAAAAAUAAUUUGUUUCUUAUGGUUACUAGUCCCGAUGUGUUAGAACUAUUUAAUUGUUUAGGAUUUCCAUCUAAUAGUAAAGAAAUAGUAUAUGGGAAAUUAGAAAACUGGGGAUUUAAUUUAUCUGACAUUGGUGAUAUAGAAAUUAAUAAAAAUUAUAAAGAUGAAGAUUUGUCUACUUAUAAAUAUUCUAUAAAUACAUAUAAGAAUAUAUUAUUGUCUUCGUUUGAAAUAAAUAAAGUGAACAGUUUAAUUGAUAAGAACAACUUAUUAUAUAUGUAUUUAGAAAUAUUAAAAAAAAAAGAAAUUAGAACAUUUUAUGAGUUUUUAAAUACUUUCAUGAUAUUACAAGAUUUAAAUUGUUUACCUGUAAAUUACAAGGGUAUAUAUAUAAAUGGAAAUUUAUUUAUUCCCAAAAAUGAAUAUGAUAUAUUUAAAUCUGAUAUAAAUGUUAUAAAAGAAAAAAAUGCAAAAACGUUAAUUGAAGAAGAACCAUAUUUAUAUUUAACAUAUCAUGGAGGAAAGAAAAAGAAUGCUAUUCAUAACAUUUGUAAAUUUUCAAGAGAUGGAUAUUUUUUAGGAUCUGUUUUGUUACCAUUUGAAGAAAAUGGUAUAUUUUUUAAUUCUAUAAGUUUAAGAGGAUUAUUAUUAUAUCAAAAUAAAUUAUAUAUUGCAGAUUCAUUUAAGGAUAAUUCAAAAAUUUUUAUGUUUUCGGAUAGUAUAUCUAACCUGUCAAAUAGAAGAGAAUAUCUUUCUACAUUUAUAACACAAAAUUAUAAAACGAAUCCAUUAAUGAUACAUCCAUAUGGUAUAAAAAAAUAUAAUGAUUAUUUUUAUGUAAGUUCACAAAAUACAGGAACUGUUUUACGUUUUGAUGUGGAAAAUGGACAAUUAGGAGAACCAAUAGAUUUAUAUAAAAACACAUCACAAGGUUUAGUAAUUAAAUUUAAUAAUACUGAUGAAAUACGUGGUCUUGAUUUUGAUAGUACUGGGAAAUGUUAUGUUUCAAAUAAACAAGUGGGUGUACAAAUAUAUGAUACAAAUUUUAAACUUAUAAAAAUUCUCCCAGUUUUUUCUCCUAUAUCCAUUCUUUUUAAUAGUACAAAUAAUCAUAUACUAGUAGGUAGCUCAACAACACAUGAUAUAAAAGAAUAUGAUGUCAAUAAUUUUGAACUUAUUAAAGUUAUUAAACACCCACUACUCAAACAUGUUGCAGGUAUAAAUAUAUAUGAAGAUUCCCUUUUUGUAGUUUCUCAGAAGAAAAACAAAUUAUUGGAAUUUUCAUUAUCAUCUAGUUUGUUAAAAAGUAUUACGAUAGAUGGAUUCAGUGAUAUAGGCGAGCGUGUCAUAUUAUCACCAACAUGA